AUGGAGAAUUCGAUGGGAGUUGGUCUGAUGGCUGCCUUUGCCGUCUCAGGAAGCGUUGCUCUGAUUUCUACCCAGCUCCACAAGCGCCUCAUUUCCAAUUUCAUGGACAAGAUCGAAGUUGAACUGGGGGGAAGAAGAAGAAGAAUCCAUCACCAUAAGCAUAAACACCAUCGUAAGCAGGGAAAGAGGGUUCGAUUUGCAGAAGAAGUAAUGGAGUUUUCCCCCGUUUCUGAGAAUUAUGAAGAUAGUGAUGAUUAUGACGACGAUGGGGACCUACUGGGAGCAAUGCCUGUCAACAGGCAGAUGCUUUACAAAGGAUUAUGGACGAAAGGACCCUUAAGGAGUACCACAUCUCCACUUGUAUCUGAGGAUUGCUAA